AUGACAGAAGGUCCUAUUCAGCCGUAUAAUGAACGCACAUUCUUCACAAAAUACGAGUAUUUGUUGGAUUCGUAUAUUCUGCCACUUCAAAACAGUCAGGAGUUCAGAGCAAUACCCGUACAAACGCUGAUGAAGAAGCAUUGCGUCAUAUAUUCACCUACACAGAAUGAAACAAAGAGUUCAACAGCAGAAAGGGCCAACUUGACAAUAAGGUCAAAAAUCAUUCGCUACUUUACGUAUAAGGAUGAUUACAAUUAUAUUCCAAUCCUAGAGGACAUAGCCGACAGUUAUAACCAGACAAUUCACAGAACAAUAGGAAUGGCACCAGCUGAUGUAAAUGAUGCUAACGAAGAAGAAGUCAGAUUAUCAACCUACUUUGCUCACAAAUCAUCUAAUAAGGAGAUAUCUAAAGCUACGAAGAAACGCUACAUGUAUAAGAUCGGAGAUUUUGUAAGAGUAACACAAUUGAAAGAUAUAUUUACUCGCGCUUAG